AGUGCAUCAACGCGUUCCUAGAAGCUCUGCGGGAAAAGGCCGAAUUUUACUAGAAUUUCCUCAAUCCUGCCUGCCAAAAGGCUACGACUGGAAUCAACCCGAAGAUGAUUAUCCCGGUGCGUUGCUUCACAUGCGGCAAAGUAAUCGGCAACAAAUGGGAAGCCUAUCUCGGAUUGCUGCAGGCCGAAUACACGGAAGGUGAUGCUUUGGAUGCUCUUGGCUUGAAGCGGUACUGCUGUCGCCGUAUGUUGCUGGGUCACGUCGAUCUGAUUGAAAAAUUGUUGAAUUAUGCUCCCCUUGAGAAGUAACUUUGCGUUCGCGUUUAGGUUUAAGGUUGUAUAUGUUUAAAUAUGAAAAUAAAUUAAAUAAGGUAA